UGUGUCCUGCCUUUAUUUAAAUGGCUCCUUGGGGCCACGGAGGGAAGACGAAUUCAGGAAGUCGGCUAUAAAGCGAAGAAUGUGAAAAGGAAAACGAUGUGCUCCACGGAAAACAACGCGGAGAUAGCACCGACAUCGUCCGACCCUGCUCUCAUCCUGGAGCUGAAGACCAGGCGUCCUCCGUCCUUGGUGGGCCGGGCGGGAUGCGAGACCUGGAGCGUGGACUUCUCCCCGGACGGAGCCUGGUUCGCCUGGUCGAUGGGACACGGCAUCGUCUGGGUGGUUGCCUGGCCUCUCGACUCCGAAGACGGUCAGAACGGAGAAACAGACCGAGGAGACAAGAGCUUCAGCUGUGGUCACCCGGUGUGGGGCCUCGCCUUCGGGCCCAGGCCUCCAAAAUCAGCUGCGGUGGCACGACCGGCUAAGAGACCAUCGAACAACAAUCUGCUUCUGGCCACAGGCUUGGAGAACGGGGUCAUCAAAAUCUGGAAUGUCUUAACGGGCAUCACUGUAUUUGAUCUCCAUGGACACGAAGGAGUUGUGAGGGACCUGGUCUUCCCUCAGAAUGGGACGCUCACGCUCGUAUCGUCCUCUCGAGACAAAACCUUGAGGAUUUGGGACCUGGCGCAGAAAGGUAAAACUGUUCAGGUGCUCUCUGGCCACAAAGAUUGGAUCAGCUGCUGCUGUGUGUCGUCCGACUGCAGCAUGAUCGCGUCCGUCGGAAGAUUUGACAGAAUGGUGUGUCUGUGGAGUCUUCGCUCAUACACCUUCAUCAGAAACCUGACAGGAGGGACCCGCAAGACCUUGUACCUCCUGUCCUCCUGUGACUUCUCUCCGGACGGGGCGCUGCUCGCCACCGCGGCCUUCAGCGGCUCCAGCUGGUGGAUCGACCUGUGGGACCCGUACACAGCAGAGAAACUGGCCACUCUGGUCGACUACUUUGAAGAUUACGGGCAAAACCAAAUCUCUUCAUUACAAUUUUCUCCCAACGGUUUACACCUGGCGAUCGUGACAGACGACAGAGCUCUUCGGAUCUGGGAGCCGGGAAAGACGGGGAUGGUGAUGCAGACGAAAGCGGACCGAGACUCUAAUGGACUCUGCUGCAACUACCAUCCACAAGGGGGAGUGGUCGCCACAGGAACCAGAGAUGGCCACGUGAGGUUCUGGAGGGCGCCCAGGAGGGUGCCCAGCCUGUGCCACCUGUGCCGAUCCAUUCUGCGCGAUUCGGUCUCCACACACCAGAUGGAGCCGCUGCCCCUCCCCAAGAGGAUCCUGGAGUACCUCACCUACAGAAACAUCCCCGAACGCCUCAAGACGUGUCCCUCCUCAGAGGAAGAGGAGUGGGAAGGUUAACUACGAACAUUAAAAACAAAACAAACAAUGCAACUGGCAUUUACAGCAAGCGAUUGUUAUACACUGACUCAUAAUCAAAAUGCCUUUGUUUGCUGAUUUUAAGAGCUUUCACAGCUUGAUUCUAGCACAGGAAGCACCUCUAAACGUCAUCUACUUUAGAUGCAACACUUCUGCACAAAGGAUUUCAUUUACUGCACUACCAUUGUAAGACGAUGCAUAAACUCAACGUUCACAUGCUUAUAUGACUUGAAUGUCACAAUUUUAUACUAUUAAUUUAUUGUGUAAAUAUCAAAUGUAUAUGUAUUUCUAAUUCCUGUGUUUAUCAUCAUGAAACAGCACACGCACUACCACUGUAACAGCACAUGUUAAUUGUUAAUAUAAAAUGUAAACUGGACUUAUAGGAAAUAGUUUUAUUAAACAGAUUCAAACAUUUA